AUGUCAAUCAUCAAGAAACUCGUUUCCUUACUCCUUCCAGCCUUCGUGCACGCUGCCCUCCCAGACUACUGUGCAAGAAUCUUCUUCCGUCUCUUGUCAAAGAUGGACACCAAGGCCAUCGAACUCGACUUCAAGGCUUUGGACCUUGCUGAAGCUCGUACUAUCUUGAACACAUCUUCGCCGAGCAAUCUAUCUGUCGACGUCCCAGAACUGAAGGAUAGUCAGGACAUCAAUACGCGGUUGGGGAUUAUCAAGAUUCUUCACCCGUACGCCAGCAGCAUCACUUCGUUGAAGUGGGCGUACUCGAGCCCUCGAGACUGUGAUGCCCUGCGCAUCUUUCUACGCCGGCCCUUUCCGCUUUUACAGUCGCUGAUCAUACAAGAUUGCCGGCCAAGCACACUUAACGGAAACCCAUUGGUCCCAGAACUGCCUGUUGACGACGGUUCUCCUCAGGUCGACAUUCCGAAGCAUCAUCUCGGUCUCGAGGGGAUCCCUAUAGAUAUCACCCAGCUGCGUGUUGACGACAUCGGCAGCUGCUCUUUACAGGGACUGUUCCCUUCGUUGGACCAACAAUCGAUGCCUCGCCUACGAUAUCUGUGUCUAUUCGCGCAUUCUCGUUCCCCGUACCGCGAUACAGAGCCACAUCCUAUACCGGAACGCGAAAUCGUGGUCGGAUCACUUUGUCAACUGAAGAUACACGGGCUCCACUGGUCACGGCCCGCAGGAAUCUUGGCACGCCUGGCACUUCCGGAAUCUUGCAAGCUCGAUAUAGUCACGCAUACCACCGUGGACACGAGCAAUUCGUUGCAUGUGGCCCUCGAAGCGCUGCUAAGCCAGAUCCAGCCUCGGCACAUAUCGUCGUUGUGGCGCACUAGUACUGGCCCGGAGCUUUCGAUCGCCAUGGACGCCUGGUACAUAACGAUCAGUGACAGUGCUGAUGUCGAGACCGAAGCUUCGAGUCCGCCGUGGACGUGGCGAGUGCAUAUCAGCACGACUCGGUCGGAUAGGGCUCGCAACCUGUAUCUCGAACGCGCGAUCCUUAGAGUUAUCGCGGAGUCUGGCCUCAUCAUUACCCGUGCUAACGAUCGUCUCGCGGUGAGAAAACUCGACCUUGCGGUACAGACGAGGGACCUAAGAUCAUGGAGAAAUGCCUUGCGAACCUAUUUUCCGUGCCUCACAGAAUUGAAGACGACCGGGACGCCUCGGCUAUCCAGCGACGACGGCUCUGAAGGGCGGCUUCUUCCGCUGUACGCAGCCCUCAUCUACCUACCUACCAAGGACGGCGGCGGCAUCGUUUGUCCUCAGCUACACCAUCUUACCGUGAACAGCUGCACGACUCAAGAUAUAGGCCGGGUGACGACGAUAGUGCUCUCGAGAGGUCGAGCCGGGUUCAAAUUGACGCUGGUAGGACAUCCCGAUUUGGACGUCGCCGGAGAAGGUAUCGGUCCGUUGAAGGAUCUCGUAGGGAACGGGAUCUGCGUUAAAAUAGAAAAUAAGCAUUCGUAG